GGCGCACCGUACUCCAAUAUACAUAACCAGGUCUAGGAGCGCACUCCCACCAAUUCCACUCACAACCUCCAUGAGUCCGUACAACUUCACAGCCACUCUGAAGUGCCAUUUUUUGUAGCUUCGAGAUUCUGUUUGUGCUUCAAUUUGGAGAGCUUUGCCUCCUCUUUAUAAUUCUAAUAACAACACUAAAACGCAAGACGGCCGACCGAAAUCCAGUGAUUUAGCUCGAGAAUGAUUUCCUCCUCAUUGUCUUCUGUGUACCAGAACUGACAUUUGCAGAUUUUUUAGUGCGACUCUCUCUCUCUCUCUCUCUCUAUUUAAAGGUCCUUUGGGGUCCUUUGCUGGAAAUUGUGGUGUUGGACUGAUAGGGCGCUCUGUUCUGUGCGUUUCUUGAUUUCCAUCUUGGGAUCGGCAAAAGGUACCAACCAUGCAGCUCCUGGAUCUGAGGGUCUAAGCUAAUUCCCAGACGUCGUCAUUGAAGGAAGUUGCAACUUUGACGAUUUCUUGAUCACCCAGAUAUCUGCUCGGUUGGCGGGUUUUCGUUUUAUCCAAAAGAGAAUGGGUAAAAUGACGAGCAGAGACUGGACUCAGAUCUAUGCGAUCUACGGCUUGGACCAGUGUCAAACUCUACUCUUCCUCUUACUGCACGCCCUCCUCUUCACAGUUCUCUCCGUCCUCUACCUCGUCUACUUCGACCCCAUCGGAGCCUUCUUCGAGUCCCUCCUCGCCCGCACCGCUGCAGUUCCAGGUGGCGUCGCCAGAUUCGCCGCAGGUUUCACCGGAUCGGUCACAGCUCUCUCCGCCGUCUGCUUGUUCUUCGCCGCGGCCAACUUCUUCUACUCCGCAGUUCCGCUCCACCACGACAUGGCUCUCCGCAUGGUAAGCGCGGUUAACGACUGGUCCACGGUGAAGCACGCCCUUGACCUGGGCUGCGGGCGAGGGAUCCUGCUCAACGCCGUGGCGACGCAGCUGAAGAAGGAGGGGAGUUCUGGUCGGGUAGUCGGGUUGGACCGGUCGAAGGGGAAGACCCUACGGACGUUGCGGACAGCGAAACUCGAGGGGGUGGGGGAGUAUGUGACUUGCAGGGAGGGAGAUGUGAGGAGGCUGCCUUUCGGAGACAAUAGCUUCGACGUGGUGAUGUCGGGAGUGUUUGUGCACACGGUUGGAAAGGAGCACGGUAACCGGACGGUUGAGGCGGCGGCGGAGAGGAUGAGGGUAGUGGGGGAGAUGGUGAGGGUGCUGAAGCCCGGUGGGAUCGGGGUGGUGUGGGACCUAAUGCAUGUCCCGGAGUACGCGAGGAGGCUUCAGGAGCUAAAGAUGGAGGAGAUCAGGGUGUCGGAGCCGGUGACGGCUUUCAUGGUCAGCAGCCACAUCGUGUCGUUUCGCAAGCCCAGUCAGCCCGUGGUGGGCCUUGGCGAGGUCAGGCUCGAGUGGAGAUGCUGAGCAACGUGGCAAUAAUGCCAUUCUAAUUCUGAUGACUGAUAUAUUAAAAACUAAAAAAAAAAAAAAACCAAAUAUAUGGUUUUGUGGGUUUUUAAAUGUCUGGGAAGGCGAAGCCGACCCGGAUGGAGAGAGAUAAUAUUUUAGAUGUAAUAUCCUUUUAUUGUAAUUACGAUAAUAAUGUAUCGCCGUUUUAAUUCUCAUGGAUAA